AUUCACAUCAGAACCGUAAACAAUAGGGUUAAUCGACAAGUGCCAGUAUCACUGACUACACCCGCUCACGACCAAAACUCCGUAGACACGCCUUAAAUAAGAAGGAAGUGAGAGGAGACCGCAGUUUACCUAUAAAAGCGACGCAGUACGACACAGACUCAUUAAAGUGUUCAACAGGAUUAGUUAGAUACAGUAGUAUGUGCGCGUGCUGCGGCUAACAGGUUACACCUGUACUAAUCCCGGAAGUCGUGCGUUCUGGGCGCUUUGGUGCGGAACUGAAGACCACACUCAGGUUUUAGAGCAGGAAUUUUCACUCAAUGACGCGGUUUGACACGUGUUUCUUUUCUGGCUCUGUCUGAAACGGUUUAAAAGAGGAACUUCAUUAAAAGUCUUACAAAGAUAUUUUCGUGAGACUGGACAAUUUAGGUAAGUUUUAGCCAUAGCCAUGUCUCUGGGCUCAGAUAUUAUCCCAGGUGAGGCGCUUUUCUCUGACUUCCGGAGACAGUGUCUGGAGACGGAGAACUGGGUGAACAAGUACAAUAAGAACGGAAUGGAGGUUUGGGUCGAAGUGCCUCCUGUCUCCAACUCCCUCCAAGGGAAAACCAGCUACUCCAGAGUGCAUAAGGUCAAGUGUAAAAUUACAGUAAAUGAUGUAUCUGCUGCUACAAUGUAUGAUGUUCUUCACGACAACAUCUAUCGGAAAACGUGGGACCCUGCAAUGCUCGAGAGCUUUGAAAUUGCACGUCUGGCUCCCAAUGCUGAUGUGGGCUACUAUUCAUGGCUCUGUCCUAAACCACUGAAAAACCGUGACGUGGUUACCGUCCGCUCUUGGCGGGCUUCUGAAGAUGAAUACAUAAUUGUCAACUUCUCUGUCAAGCAUCCGAAAUACCCUCCACGUAAAGAGUUGGUGAGAGCCGUCUCUAUUAUGACGGGCUACAUGAUGAAACCAACAGGGCCAAACAGCUGCUCCUUCAUUUAUCUCUCACAAGCAGAUCCUAAAGGUUCUCUUCCUAAGUGGGCAGUAAAUAAGGCAACUCAGGUCCUAGCACCCAGAGUUAUGAAAAGUGUGUAUAAGGCAGGUCAAAACUACGCUGCCUGGAAGGCUCAGAACUCUCCAGAUCAUAAGCCAUGGCUCUACCCUAUCCAGAGUGAACUGCCCAUGAUGAACCCAGCUGAGCUGAGCAUCCAGCGUGCAGACUCGCUGGAGAAUGUGGAUGAGACCGCAACUCGUGAUGCUGUGGAGAAUGAGGAUAGCAGCUGAAGGACACCACAAUAAGAUGAAUAAAUGGACACUACACACCAAUUUCUAUUAUGUAAUUUGUGUUGUUCUUGUGUACUUGUUCCCAUUAUUUUUAAGAUAAGGAGUAGUUAUAGGCACUGUGGUCUAUAUCUUAGGCACAAAAUGAAGCUGAGCUUACUACAUUUUUUUUUUUUUUUUUUACAUAAUGCAAACAAAUGCAGAAUCAUAUGAAGGCUGGUCAAAAGUGGCAAAUUGUCUACCCUUUUAUAAAUCGAAAAGAAAAGGCGAGCUGAAAGUUUGUUUUUUUGGGGGUGGGGGGUGGUGGUUUGGGGGGCUGUUCUCUGCCUAAUGUAACUUUAUUGCAAAUGAAGGAAAGCGAACACUUGACCUCUUCAGUAAAGGUAAAUUUAUUCUUUCAUGUAAGGUUAUUUCAUCUAAUUAAAUUAUAAAGUGUUAUGGACGUUUUUAUUUAUUUCUCUUUAGCUGAUUUAAAACUUGAACACUGCGAAAUAGUGCAGAGGUUAUGUGGACUGAUGAAGGGUCUCUUUAAUCGUUUAGAAAUUAGUUUGUACACCUCGUCUUGAGACUGUAUUUGGUUGAAACAGAGAACUUGAUUUUACAUAACUAUCCAAGCAAGCUUAGUAAUUAGUGUUUAAUUACUGUGUCUGUAUAUGUCAAAAUAUGACUUAAGUUUGUAUUAUACCAGAUUUAUUUAUUACUUUCAUAAGUUUCCAAACCUAGGGAUUGUAAUAUACACAGAUCUGUUUCUGCUGUAACGAAUUAAUUAGCAACGUAGCUGAUAAAUUCAUUCUUACAUAUGUUAAUGUAUAAACAUGUGCCAAGCAUGAGGUGAGGGUUAAACUGACAACGCUGGUUUAUAGAAAUGCAAUGUUUAUGCUAACAGUGUUGUCCCUAGAUAUUGUUCUGUUUUCUUACUGGAACAGGUUCUAACCUAUGUGACAGAUGAUCUGUACGCAGACCAGGGAUGGAUGUGGAGAAUAUAUUACCAAAGACGUCAUAGGAUACUCUUCCUCAUUGCUGUUUUUUUGUUUUGUUUUUUUUAACAAUGUUCUCAUUCUAAAUAUUUGAACAAGGAUAUUUAAAAUAAAGAAUUUCAUCAUUUA